AACCUCUCCCAUCACUUCUUCCUCCCCGCCCGCCGCGAUGCACUCCGCACUGACCCCCAACACCGCCGCGUUCCUCGAGUACAUCUCCCCGGGCGACGCCCCCACGUCGGCGCCCCCCGCCGCCCUCUUCAACAACAUGCCCGUCCCAGGCCGCGACACCCCCGAGGACACCCCCCCCUCCGCCUCCACACACGACUCCCAGCUCAACGAACACCCCGCCCCCUCCGACGACUCCGACUCUCUCACCCCAGAGAUCGCCCUCGGUCCAGCAGACGACCCAGCUAACAAGGACACGCUCGCCGGCAACGGAGCGAACAAGCGGAAGGCCGGCAGGCCGAGUGCGGUAGUAGACGACGACGACGAGGAUGCUUCGGACUCGGAUCUUCCAUCGGGGCACGAGGACAAGAAACAGCACGGGGCUGGCAGAGCUGCCGCCGGCUCGGCCUCUGGUUCAGGGAGGAAAGGAGGUCGAAAAUCCGGCGGAGGUGAAGGUGAUGGAAAGAGAGAGCUGAACAAGUCCGAACGACGGAAGGAGCAGAAUCGCGCUGCUCAAAAGGCAUUCAGGGAGAGGAGAGAGGCCAAAGUCAAGGAUCUCGAGGACAAGGUGGCAGAGCUCGAAAACAAAGCAUACGGCACGCAGAUUGAAAAUGAAAACCUCCGGGGCAUCCUCAAGCGUCUGCAGGAAGAAAAUGUCGCUCUCAAGCAGUCCGCAUUUACAUUCUCCAUGCCCGUUAACAGUCGCAGCUCUACAAACAGCAACAAUGGCAACUUUUCCGUUCCCGCUCCCCAGAAUCCCAAACCUCUUACACCGCCACAGAGUAACAACGAUGAUAGUUUGAAGAGCGUUAAUGAUGUUCCUAUGCUUGCUCACCGCCAUUCAUCGACCAACACCGUCAGUGAUAAUAGCUCAGAGUCUCUCGUGUCCCUCCGCAGUUCAGAUCGCACUCCUCCCGCUCUGUUUUCCGAUCAUUUUAAUACGUAUGCUCUCGGUGCAAUACCCGUUCCCCCGCCUUCUUCAUCAUCUCAACCUGUUCAAAAAUACCCCUCCGCUUCAAACGGACAGCAGUCCAUGUCUUCCAACUCCAAUUCAUCUGGUGUCAUUUCGCCUCCUUCUGCCGAUCAGUCCGAGUUCAACGCUCUUUGGGAAAGCCUGUAUCCAAACGACGUGGGGAAUCUUCUCAGCCAGAAUACAAACCAGAAUCAAGGCGGUCCAUUCACUCUACUCAAUUCGCAGCCCGACUCCAUGUCGUUUGCAUCGGCCGGCAACAGCAUGAAUGACUUGUUCAACUUUGGCGCACCAUCUGCUUCCAUCUCUACUUCCGCUCGACCCUCUGUCAAUCCUGCCCCUGCCUCUGUGACCCAAUCGGCGAACCACAUUACCCAAAAUUUGGGGGCUACCGGCCAAGCGUCUGAUUGGAAUCGAUUUGCUUUCAGAGAGCCCACAGCUGAGGCAUCAGCUCCCAAUUGGGAUGUAACGGACAACAGCGUCAACGAGUUCCUCGCUUCCCUGUCUGGUGAUACCACCACCGACACCACUGCCAACGAUUAUCUAAACAAUGACGACGAAGCAUUCAACGCUCAGCUGCGCAAGAUCUUUGGUACUGACAAUUCUCCUUCCGCUGCCUUCAACCUUCCGUCAACUAGCUUUAGCCCCAACAAUUACCUCAACAUGUCUCCUUCGCCCGUGAUGCCCCUGUCCAACUCCCAGUCCCCUCAGUCAUCGGAUUCAAGGUCCAAUACCAAUAUCUCCUCUGGACGCGGUAAUGAUAUCUCAAUGAUCGACUCUCCCGAGUACUCGAUGGGAUCGUCUCGCACAAGCGUGUCCCACGAGAGUACCGAUUUGCAGCAAGGAAAAAUCUCCGCUAUUCGCAGCCUGAAGGAAUAUGCUUGCAAAGCGGACAAUGAAGUCAUCCAUGUAGUGGAUGAGAAAGGGAGGGUUAUCAAGCCCUCGGAACUCUGGAUGAGAUUCGGGAUGCAGCAUGAGAACCCAACAGAACAUUUGCUUAUCGAUGAUUUGUGUGAUCAAAUGCGUGCCAAGGCGACGUGUAAGGAUGGCAAACUGCAGCUGGACAUAACAGACGCCGCUGUUCUCUUUCAAAGGGGCGAAGGACAACCCCACUCGUAUGCUGAAAAGAUGGUGAAAAAAGCGGCGAAUCAUUCGUCAUAGAUUGUUCUGUUUGUGGAACAAAGGUUCGUUUUUUAUUUUUAUUUAGAUCAUAACUAUUAUUAUAACCACGAGUCUCUUUCGUUUUUGUCUCCCUUAUUUUGUUUUUCCGUUUUGGGUGGGAGUAAGGCUUGACUUUCUGUCAUAUUCUGCUAUUUCCCAUUCUUUCUGUUCCAACCUUUUUGCUUUUUUUUGGAAUCAUUUCUUCACCGUUUUCUUUCGCAUGUACAAUAUGUAUAGUAAGCAAGAUCCGGAUGCUUGGUACUCUUGUACUAUCCUGUACCAUAAUAGACACUCUUCAAAAACUCAGUAU